ACUGAAAUUUUUGACACACGUUGUUGGUAAACUAACAAAGCCGUGUUAUUUUUCGUUGCCUAAAAAAUGCGCCAAACAAUUGUUUAAUUUUUUUUCAAUUUCGAAAUUUCUAUUAUUAUAUCUCAUAUGGAUUUUGAAGAACACUUGGAUUUGUUUUUUAUUAGAAAAGAGACCAAUUUAAACCACUGUCCAGAGUCUAAACCAGUCCCUAAGAAAGUUUGGAAUACCAAACAAGUAACGGAUUCAAAAGUGUUCAAUUGCAUUCCUUUAACAUUAAAUCAUAUACAAAAUCUAAAUGAGAACUCAUUUGACAAAGUUAACAAGUUGAUUAAAACUUCCAAUGAUGGAGUACAAUUUAAAAAUUGCUUGGUUUAUGGGAAAAUAAUGAGUCGUGGAAAAGAAUCGAAAUCAAGUUAUAAUUAUAUUCUGGAUGAUGGAACAGCUUCAUUGGAAAUGAGCAUAUUUCGCAGAACAGAAGACAUGCAGACCAUAUGGAAGUUGGAAAACGAACUGCAAGCUGUCAAAAGAGAAAUGUUGGCCCAAAAUAAGAAUGAAAUUGUCGAUAGUUUAAGAAAUUUAUUAUUCAAAACAAAGGACCAGAUUGACCAUUCUAAUAUAUGCCCAGGAUCAAAGAUUGUAUUAUACGGCACACCAUCGUUUUAUCAUGAACAAAUAUGUUUGAAAGCCUACUCCUUAAUGGUAGAUUCUAAAACAAAUAGUGAUAUGGAAAUUGCAUUUAAAGAUUACUUAAUAGAUUGGCAUAGAAAUAAUUUUCUAGGUUUUUGAAAACAAACUUUCAUGAAAUAGAAAAAUGUUUUAUUUGAAUUUAUUUAUUUCUUGUUUUAUAAUAAAUCAUAAAGUUUUGUUUGUUCUAAAAAUAUAAAAUUAAAAUGUUUUCUAAAACGAACCUGUCGUAAUUUCACUUUGCAAUACCACUUCCGAUGAUGAUGACUGACGGGUUCAGUUUCAAAUAUUUCAUUCUGCUUUUGUGGGUGGAGGAGUAGGAGCGCGUUAUUUGAAUAAAGUACAUACAUAACAUAGAAAAUUACAUAUAUAUUAAUAAAUUGCCCAGAAGUUUAUGUAGUUUUUGCUCUGAUAGCGGCACGCUUGCCAGUAACAGCUUGGAAACCAGAUUUAAUACUAGCUACUGAACACCUAGAACCACAAGAUUCGCAUUGCAGGAAGAAGAGACGGGUAUCUUUUUGCAGAAUUGUUUCGGGUGAACGACAUGUAUGGCAGGUGACAUAUUCCUUAAUAUAACGACGCAGCACAUUCUCAAUUUGUUUAGGCUGGAAGCGUCCCUUAAUAAUAAGUUGUUGAUUACCGUCCAUUGAGCCACUUGUACCCAAUUCAGCCAACAAGAAAUCCAACAAAUGUUUUGGCAAACGAUGUAGGGUUCUCGCAAUAUCAAGGAAAUUAGCGAAUGAAGUCUUUUUGGUGCCUACACGGAGAACUUGUGGAGGUCUCAUGACAAACUUAGGUUUACGUCCUGCAGCCAUCUCGGGGUUUUUGUCCAAAAUAAUUUCAAAUAUACGUUUUAAUAAUUCAUCGUAACUGUAGUCCUUGUCGGAAUCUCGCUCCGCUUCCAAGUUUUCAUCACUUUCAGUGGGCUCUCCACUCUUUUCCUCACCGGCAACUUCUUCGCCUUCUUUCGGUAGAGCUCCCUCCAAUUCAUCCAAGUUGAAAGCCUUCUUCUUCUUU